ACAUAGGGGUCAAAUAAGGUACUAGACGUCUAGACCAGUAGACCCUUCCUAUGCAAUGCAAUCCUGACGUGCUUCAGUAACCCGCCUAUUUUUUUAUUCCCGACUAAAACCAUUUUCUUUCCACAAAAAGAUUACGUGCGAAGAGGGGAGCUCGGAAAAGGAAAAAAAACGAAUGAAAAUGGAGGUAGAAGAAGGUUCUGUGAUGUGAGGGGAAAUUACGUGGGACAUUAGACAUAAGCCAAAUCCAUUGAAUUCUCUCGUCGGUUGCUUGAGCCGAGUUCGUCUGAGUGGCCUGCUGUGAGGAGCAAGCUCUGCGUCUUGCUAUUCCUGACUAUUUUUCUUGCCUUUUGUCUCUGUUUCCAAGCGCCAUCCUAAUUUCUGAAGGCCUCUUGGAGCAAUUCUCUGCUUCAUUUCUCGGGCGGGUAUAAUCACUAAUUUCUCUGAUUUAUUUGCCAAAACCUUGCUUUCUCCAUUGUUUCCUCUUUUUUUUAUUGUGAUUUUACGGCUUCUUCCUCUCGUUUUCUUUUCCAUUUGUCCUCGUUUCAUCCCCGCCGUUACAAGCUCUCUACGCUUUCCUAGCUUGCUUCGCCGGUUGUAAGAUUUGCUGUGAAAUAGAAGAAGUGAAGAACUGCAGCCUUCAGUCCAAGAAGUCUCUGUAGAGAGAGACAGAGAGAGCUGCAGAUUCGUAGCCCGCUCCUGCUUCCGCACACUUGUUCAGUGUGGAACUGUGGUAUGAUGAAGGUGAGCCCGUCCCCCGAGCAAGAAGUUAUGGCAGGAAGGGAGCCGUUCGGGCUCCCGAAGACCCCGGCGACGCCGCCGUCCGCGGGGAGCACGCAGAGCCUGCGCAUGGCGUACACGACGGACGGCACCGCCAUCUUCACCCCGGUGAUCUCCGUCUCCGUGCUGCCCGCGACGGCGACGUACCAGCCCGUGGGCGGCAGCGCCGUGACUGCUUCAAGCUUGGCUGGCGUUGGAGGCAAUGGUGGCGCGGGUGAGCCGGUGCCCAAGAAGAAGCGUGGUCGGCCAAGAAAGUACGGCCCCGAUGGUUCCAUGUCGCUAGCAUUGGUGCCCGCAUCCAUGGCUACGGCGCCGGCGCCUCCAGGAGUUUCGGGUGCUUUCUCGCCUAACGGCCCAAAGGCGACGAACGCUGCGCCGUCAGCGUCGCCGGACGGCGCGAAGAAGCGGGGCCGGCCGAAGGGCUCCACCAACAAAAAGCACGUGCCUGGUCUUGGGCCAGCGGGGACAGGUUUCACACCACACGUUAUUUUUGUAAAAGCCGGAGAGGACGUAUCGGCAAAGAUCAUGUCGUUCCCUCAGAACGGGACACGCGCGGUUUGCGUCCUUUCAGCGAAUGGCAUCGUAUCCAAUGUGACGCUUCGGCAGUCUGCUACUUCAGGUGGAACGGUGACACACGAGGGUCGUUUCGAGAUACUGUCUCUGUCCGGGUCGUUUCUUCUGUCAGAGGAUGGUGGCCAUCGCAGUCGAACCGGUGGGCUCAGCGUUUCGCUAGCAGGCCCCGACGGCCGUGUCCUGGGUGGCAGUGUCGCCGGACUUCUGACAGCUGCUUCACCGGUGCAGAUCGUAGUGGGGACCUUCGACGCCGAUGGAGAGAAGAAGCCGAAGCAGCAGCAGCAGCAGCUUGCUCCGUCACCGCCAGACCCGUCACCGGCGCCACUAAAGCUCGCGCCGACGGGCGUGGCGGCAGGGCCGAGCAGCCCGCCGUCCAGAGGCACAUUGAGCCUGAGCGAGUCAUCCGGCGGCGCCCCGAGCCCGCCGCACGCAGGGGCCAGUGGCGGCGGCGGCGGCGGCUAUGGGCAGCAGCAGCAGCCAGUGGGCUUCCCCGGCCUGUCCUGGAAAUGACGACCCCGGACACCGUCUGACCAUGGUAAAACUGGUAGAAGCAACAAAGAUGCGUGAGGAACAGAUGAAGGCCGAAGCUCACUCAGGGAGAAGCAGCGCUGCAGCAGUAGCUUGUAGGUGGUGUCAAGAUUGUAGCUCUUGCUAUCAGUGUUAAUCGUUCAUUGUCAGGUGGUUGCUUAUUGUCGUCUGCAACUGAUGCCGUGUACUCCCCGAUGCAGCAUGUCGGUAUCUGACUACUGAAUUUGAGACGGCUUCUCUCGGAUGUUUUCUCAUAAUCUGUGUUGCACUGCAAAUAUCAAACACCAAAGGUUAUGGAUAAGUUUCUAAUAA